AGAAUCGUUUUCAAAUACACCCCCCAUUUACGGCAAACAACCGCAGGUUACUCCCAAUAUUUUUUUUUUAAAAAAAUAUUUUUAGUUUUUAAAGAAGCAUGUUACUCUAUUUUUGGAGGUCGAGCCGCGCGGAAAAAUGGAAAAUAGUCCAAGUUCGGCUCACCGUCGCAAAGCAAAACGCUCUCGCUCGAAAGCCCCACUAAGCAGAGCAGGACAGAGAAUCUUUUUUUAAAAUAGAAAAUUAAUAAAAAUAAAAAUACACGUGGCAUCAUAAACGCUGUGACUCAUUUUGCUUCCACACCUCGUUUUAACCACCUGGUUCAAACCACUCCCAAAUUUUUCAGACACAGUGGCCGCGCUCUCUCGGGGAAAGAGCGACCUCAUCGUCGGGAAACUCUCGCUCAAGGGCGAUUCGUCUCUUCGAAUUCGGAUUCCGGCGGAGAUGGUGGCCGCGAAGUCGCCGGCAUGGCUUCCCGCCGGCUGGAAGGUGCAGGACGAAGUGCAAAAGAGCGGCCGCAAAGUUAGGUGUUACACCAACUCAAAAACUGGAAAAAAAUUCUUUUCCAAGAAAGACUUUGAUCGUUACACUAGAAUGAGAAAGAUUUGUAAUCGCAGCAGAUCUCAACCUAUGAAAAGAAGCUCCAUCAGGCUGGCAGAAAAGAAACAUAAACAAGUGAGUUUGAAAACUAAGGCAGAAAAGAAACAUAAACAACUUGUAGUGAAAGCAAAUAACAUCCCUGAGUGGUUACCUAAAGGCUGGACCAUGGAGAUAAGAACCCGGAAGAGUGGUGCGCGAAUUGGACAAGAGUACAAGUGCUAUGUUGACCCACUUACUGGAGUCAAAUUCUAUUCCCGGCCGCAAGUGUCCCGAUAUCUUGUAUCUGCAAAGCACAGCAGUUCCACAUCCAAAAAGAAGAAAAUAGGCAAUGGCACACGAUCUGCAAGCAAACAUCAUAAGAAUACAUCAAAGGGACGCAAAUUUAAGCCAGAGGCAUCUCGGCCUCUCAAAAUAGCAAAGCGCAGCAGCAGCAAAUCUAAACAGGAGAAAAGAAGAAGUCGUGUUUACUCUGAGACAAAUGUUGUGGUUGAAAAAGUUGAAGCAGAUGGGUUACCACCAGGUUGGAUAAAGGAGAUCAAAACUAGGGAAAGCAUGCUUGGAAUCAGGAAAGACCCGUAUUACACGGAUCCUGUUACUGGAUAUGUAUUCCGCUCCAAAAAAGAUGCUUUGCGCUACAUAGAAACUGGAGAAAUUAGUAAGCACGCGAUCAAGCAGAAUAAAAGGCCAAUCAAUGAUCCGGAGUUGACAAAUGAUGGAUUCUCUCUGCCAUCUGAAGGUAAAAGGCAGAAAACAAAACACUAUGCAACCAGAAGGCAACUUUUUGAAGGUAAUGGAAGUUCUGAUGUGACCAGCAUAACCCUGCCAGAAGGCAAGGGCUCAAAGAAAAGUCGAGGCAAGAUUGCAGCUGCUGAAACCAAAUCUGCUUCAACUCCCACAACUGAGAACCUCAAGGAGAACCAUCUGCUUGACAAUACUAGUGAAAGGCAUGCUGAAAUUAAGGAAAACUCUGGUCUCUUUGACUCACCACUGCCAAAUGCUGAUGGCUUCGGCACAAAGGCUUUUACUGAAAAUGGGCCUGAUUCUACUCCUGUAGCUGAUGUCUUUGAAGAGAAGACUGUGAAGUGCAAUAAUAAAGGAACUCGAAAUAAGAAGAGAGAAUUCAAGAAUAAGGAGCUAAACAUUCCCCGUCGGUCCUCAAAACGACUUGCUGAGCUUAAACCUGGGCUGGCGGCCAACUUGGGGUCGGGUCGGCAAGCUGUUCAAAUUGGAGGUAAGAAGUCAGGUGAAAGUGAAGCCACUCCGGCUGUAGGUUUGGCUGAUGAUGCAUCUCAGCAGCUUGAGGCUGUGCCAGGAGCAGAGCUUGGGCAUGAUACUCAUGAAAGCAAAGAAGAUCCUCUGUUCCAACUAGAGCCAUCUAACCAGACCAGGAAAUCUGACGAGGACAAAGCUGUUCUACAAGAGCAAUCAGGGGAACUGGAUUCUGGGAAUAAGAAUGACGAGAAGCCAGAAACACAGCAAUACUUCUCUUUGGUGGAUUCUUGGUCAGACCCAUGCCUUGAAUUUGCAUUCAAGACUCUUACAGGUGCAAUACCAGUUGAGGAUAAUUUGUCGAUCCAGGGUUACUUUGAGCAGCAACUCGAUGCUUCUCACUCUAAGAAUAAUGGUGGCUCGACACUGGCAGAUUUUUGCAUACCCAGCUUUCUUCAAGGUGACGUUUCUCCCGAGCCUGAUGCAGCAGGGAAACCGGAGCUGCCGGUGAAGCCUUCCUUGCUGCCCCCAGGAAAUAUCAGCUUGCCAAGCUGCAGCGCAGCUGCUCCUCAACAAUCUGAGGGUAAAAAGGACUAUCCUAGAAAUGGAGACAACUAGAUGAAGAAGGUGGCUAGCCUAUUUUUUGACACACUACUAGCCAGAACAAGCUGAAUUGAUGGUGUCAACUUUUGGAAUAAGAACCGUUACAGGUAGCCUUAAAUGCUUAAUUAACCUUGUAGGAUGGUCCUUAAGUUUAAGUGUUGCUAUUUUAAUAGACUUUCUAAACCAGUGGGCUCCGGUGUUUUUUUAAGUUCCUUUUUGGUUUGUAAUGUUGUUUAAUAGACUGCGAUCUGGCUGUGGCAAUCUGCCCUUUUCUGCAACUAGUAAGUUCUCAUUUCUCA